UCCAUAUUGCUGCUAGUGGUGGAGAUAAGGUUGUAAUCCUGCGAGGCCCUCGGACACGUUUCUUUAUAUUUAUACGUGUUUUAUUUCGGCGCCGAAUGCUCUGCGUCUAGACUGAAGCUAUUUUCGUCUAGGACCGACUGAGGAGCGCAGACUCCGCGGAACAACUUCACAUUUCCUUGAAAUUGAAGGAGAAUUCGGGCCGUGGGGAGGACUGGUAAUCCUGAGGGGGGAAGAAAGACGGCGGUGGGAAAUGGCCACUCAGGUGGAGGCUCUCCUGCCCGGCAACCCGCUUGCUAAAGCGGAGGAGCACGGUAAAAUGAUCCGCGGUGAGCCGGAGGAAGAUGAGGGCGGCCGGGGCGACGGGGCCAAGCAGCAGACUGGUGUCGCCGAGCAGGGGAGCUGCAGCGGCGGCAGCAGCCCCGGGCAGGGAGGGACCUCGGAGGAGCAGACCUCCAAAGAGGAGACAGAGGAGAGCAAAGGAGGUUGUGACAGCGAAGAUAAGCAAAACGAGGAAGGCGUUAAAGGCAGAAAGGAGUUUACUGAAGCUCCACCGCCCAAGGUGAACCCGUGGACUAGGAAAAUGAAUGCGGUGACCGUGGUCAGCGUGAAUGGACAAGCACACCACGAGUCUACUGGGCCGGCCAAGGUGGUGAGAGCAGGGAAUCCACCCAAAGCCAGACGCGGAGGAAAGGUUGGAGACUUUGGCGACGCCACCAACUGGCCGACUCCAGGGGAGAUUGCAACUAAAGACAUGCAGAUCGAGGCAGUGACACGGACGGUGUCCUGCCCGCCGACUGUCAAGCAGGUCAGAGACUCAUGGAGAUCCACUGCUCCUAAGAAGCCGACGACAGUCAAGAAGGAGUCAAAGGAGUCGAAGGAGUCGAAGGAGUCGAAGGAGAAGAGGGAGAGCAACGAGGAGAGCAAGGAGAACCUGAAGGCCAAGUCGGACGACUCUGGAGAGGAGAAGAACGGCGACGAUGACUCUCAGAAGAACGGACCCAAGACAAAAAAAGGAAACAAGCAGAAGUGGGUUCCCCUGAUGAUCGAGGUGAAGUCCGAGGGUCCCAGGGAGCGUUCGGCCUCCAGGAACAACAGCCGGCAGAACGAAAACCCCCGUCUGCCCCCCAACGCCAGGAACGACCUCAGAGACUGGCACAGUCAAAAGUACGAGCGGGAGUGGCGUGACGACCACGACGAGGUGUCCAGCGUGAAGAGCGAGGGAGCGCCUUUCCGAGGAGGAUUCAGAGGUCGAGGACGUGGAAGAGGGAGAGGCCGGGGGAGAGGCAGAGGAAGAGGCCACUAUGACCACCAUUACGGCUACAAGUCCUACGACAUGAAAGACGGUUCCUGCGACCAGAAGUUUGGCAACACGGUGACCUACUACUACGACAACAUGAGCAGCAACGACCUUUUCUCCGUGGACCACGACCAUCUGAAGGACUACAUCAAGAGGCAGAUUGAGUACUACUUCAGCCUGGACAACCUGGAGCGGGACUUCUUCCUGCGGAGGAAGAUGGACCAGGAGGGCUUCCUGCCCCUCAGCCUCGUCGCCAGCUUCCACCGAGUGCAGGCCCUCACCACCGACGUGAACCUCAUCUUGGAAGCUUUAAAGGGCAGUCAGGAAGUGGAGAUAAUUGACGGGAAGAUCCGUCGGAAGGUGGACCCAGAGCAGUGGCCCCUCCCGGGACUGGCCAUGCUCAACCAACCCCAAACAGAUUUCUCCCAGCUCAUCAACUGCGCCGAGUUUAUCCCGAGACAGAUGCCCGAUGAGCCCAGAGGCUCUCCCAGGUCCUCAACACCGGUGAGGAAACACAGCAAGACUGAUUUAGACACCUCCAACCUCAAGACGAUGCCCAAGGGCCUCUCCGCCAGCCUCCCCGACCUAGACUCAGAGUGCUGGAUCGAGGUCAAGAAGAGGCCCAGACCCUCCCCGGCCAGACCCAAGGCCAGCGCAGAGAAGGCCCCCUCGUUGCAGCAGCCGAAGGAAAAGGAGGACUUGGUGCGCUGCCUGCUGCCUCAGCCCGGCUCCUCGCCCUCCCCCGCCACCACAGGAACUAAGGACGGAGCGGAGCCGGACGAACCGGAGGAGCUGGACUUCAUGUUCGACGAGGAGAUGGAGCAGAUUGACGGACGGCGCAACACCUUCACCGAUUGGUCGGACGAUGAUACGGACGGCGAGAUCGACGACCAAGACGUCAACAAGAUCCUGAUCGUGACUCAGACGCCGCCCUACCUGAGGAAACACCCGGGGGGCGACCGCACGGGACACCACACCUCGCGCUCCAAGCUGACCUGCGAGCUCGGAAAAGUGAUCAACGACGGGCUCUUCUACUACGAGCGGGACCUGUGGGACGACACGUGCGAUCCCGAGUACGCCACCAUCAAGCAAGAGGUGGAGAACUUCAAGAAGGUUCACUUGAUCAGCCGCGAACAGUUUGACGGCCUGACUCCCGAACCCCCUAUCGACCCCAAGCAGGAGGUCCCUCCUGCCCCCCCCAAACCCCAGCAGAUCCCCACAGACGCUUUGGCGAACAAACUAUUCGGAGCCCCUGAGCCCUCUUCAAUAGCUCGCUCGCUUCCAACUACCGUGCCUGACUCGCCCAACUACCGCAGUGCCCGCACGCCCCGCACGCCGCACACGCCGCACAGGAAGGACUCCACCAUGACGCCGCGCUUCUACCCCGUGGUGAAGGAGAGUCGACCUGUAGAUGCCAAGACGCCCAGGAAGAGGAAGACCCGACACAGCUCCAACCCCCCCAUGGAGUGUCACGUGGGCUGGGUGAUGGACUCCAGAGAGCAUCGCUCCCGUACCACCUCUGUCAGCUCCACUGCCAGCCCAUCAGAGGGCACCCCCGCCAUGGGUAACAUCGGCUGCACACCUCAGUCCCUCCCUAAGUUCCAGCACCCCUCACAUGAGCUGCUCAAGGAGAACGGCUUCACGCAACACGUUUACCACAAGUACCGCCGGCGCUGCCUAAACGAGCGAAAGCGGCUGGGUAUCGGCCAAUCACAGGAGAUGAACACACUCUUCCGCUUCUGGUCAUUUUUCCUGCGGGAUCACUUCAACAGGAAGAUGUACGAAGAGUUCAGACAGCUGGUGGUUGAGGACGGGAAAGAAGGAUACAGGUACGGUUUGGAGUGCCUGUUCAGGUACUACAGCUACGGUCUAGAGAGAAAGUUCAGGCCAGACAUCUUCAAGGACUUCCAGGAAGAGACCAUGAAGGACUACGAAGCUGGCCAGCUUUAUGGACUAGAGAAGUUCUGGGCCUUCCUUAAAUACUCUAAAGCCAAGACCAUGGAGAUCGACCCCAAGCUGCAGGAGUACCUGCACAAGUUCAAACGUUUGGAAGAUUUCAGAAUUGACCCGCCUAUGGAGGAAGGGGGCCGCAGGAGACACUCGUCCAGCGGGGACAGUCGCCGCCGGCACCCCUCUCUGCCCUCCAGCCGGCCCAGCAGCCAGAACAGCUCGGGCCCCAGCCCUGCCCCCUUCGCCCCGGGCCCCGCAGCCAAGGAUGAUGCCAAACCCAGCAGCCAGAAAGACCCCGCCCCCCCCGCUGACCCCGCUCCAGACGCCAUGACACUGAAGUAACUCCACCAACACGCCGGCCCACAUGAUGAACUCAACCACGUCUGCUAGUCGCUGGUUCUGUCUGCACCACAGGAGGGGAGGGGGGGGGGGGUAGUCCACUUCUGCAUACAAGCAUGAGAAUUUUUUUUUUUUUACUUCAACAAACUUUAUUAAGAAAUAAGGAAGACAAAUAAUUAAUAUGGCUCGGUUUUUUAAUUAGUUGUAAGCUUGUGAGGAAAAAGAUACUUUUUUUUGGCUUGAUGAGGCAAGGAAUGGAUGAGGUGUCAAACACUUUUUUCUUUUCUCUUACAAAUCAUUGCCAGUCCACACGGUGGAUGGUUCGGUGGUGACGUACUACCCUGGAAUUAUUUUUAUUUUAUUCAUUCAUUUUUUUAUAUUUUCAUGUUGACCCCCCUCUCUGUCACUGGGACCCCUCUUCGAUCACUGUCCUGCUGGCUGAAAGAUAUUUGAUUCCUCCCUCAGUUCUCAGAUUUAUGAUUAUUAUUUCUUUGGCAUGCGGUGAGAUUGGGGACUUGGAAAUAGUUUGAUGGACACUGAGCAUCUGAAAGCCGGAUAGCGGCGGCGCGCGAGGCCGUGCUGCUCCUGACAUCCAACCGGACCAAAGUGGUUUAAACCGAGCGACUGACAUUUCCAUCCGCUGAUCCCCCAGUGCUCUCAGUUGAGGGGCUUAAAAUUCAAAAUAUUUGAUUUACUUUAUGGCUGGACAUUGAUGGUUAAAUAUUAAAGAACCAAAUGAUAAAAAGAGAGAAAAAAAAAAAAAGACUUAUACCAAUCCCUCAGUAUGGACACGAUCAUUGAAAGUUGCCUUAUUUGAAUGAUUUUACUGCUUCUAACAUGUGCCCCGCCACCUUAUUGUCGAUUGUACAGCAUUGGAAUCAACCAUAUAUCCGGUCACCUUUUUUCCAGCAAAGGCCACUAGGUGGUGCUGCCAAACUGUUUCACUUACCCCCCUCCCUCACUCCCCUCCUUCACUUUUUCUGAACUGUCUUCCAAGUGUAAUUUGGUCUGUUACAAGUCCUGUAAUUCUUCCCUGUGUUUUGCAAGUCGUGGCUUUUUGUGCUGAAACAAACCUGGCGGGAAGUUUGUCGCCUUUUCCCGAAAAAAACCAAACACUUCAGUGGGCUGCCAAGUCGGGAAGGGAUUGAAUCACCGAUUGAUCUUCCUUUUUGGGUGCUUUUCCCGACUUUCCCCCCCGCUGCGCCUCCCAAGCUGCGUCCAUCCGUUCAUCCAUCCGUGUAACAUCCAUCCAUCCGUCGACCAUCAGUGACGACCCAGGACUGGAAUCAUCAAUCUGGAUUACUUGAAGAAGCGAUGGUGUUGAGGAGGGCCGUGGUGCUCUGGGUGGAGACGCUUCCCGAGGCCCAGACAUUCGGCCUCCGACUUCACCGUGAAGCUCGACCGGGCCUCGGGCGCUCGCCACCACUUCCUGUCCCACCCUCAGAUUCACAGAUCAGUUACAGGCAUGAACGCUGACAGGUGUUUUCCAUGCGCAGGUACAGAUGUAGCAGUGUGAGCUAGUUACUUACACACACACACACACACACACACACACACACACACACACACACACACACACACACAC